AUGGCCUCCCCGCACCAAAACCCCCCCUACGCCCCCCCCUCCCCCCACUCCACGCCCACCCCCACCCCCACCCCCCAAACGCACUACCCCCCGCCCCCACCUCCACCCCCCUUCUCCCCCUUCUUCACGCUCAUCAGCAACCCGCACACAACCUCCCACAAGCACCCCGUCGUGCACUACAUCUUUGCCGACGACGACAUCGACCCCCUCGACCGCGACCACGGCCGUGACCACGACCGCGACCGUGUGGUCAUCGUGGACGUCACCGACGCGGCCGUCACCGCAAAGAGCUUGAGCCGCGACUGGCAGGUGCUGGGCGUGAAGGUUGCGGCGGCGCCGCAGUGGGCGGGCGAGACGGGGGGCGGCGGGUUGAUGCUCACGGUGGAGGGGACGGAGGCGCCGGCGGGGAAGGCGAAGGGGGGGAGUAUGGAGGAGUUGGAGGCGCUGUAUCAGGAGAGGAUGGCGCUGUUGAAGAGGGUCGUGGAGUUUGGAGGGGCGGCGGGCGCGGGGGUGGGAGUGGCGGGAUCGUAG